CAGCCGUUAUAUACGAGCACGCACUUGCUUGUCGCGACGCUUUUCCUGUACACCCACAUUCUCGCCGGCAACACACGUCUUGAAUGCAGCGCAACGCUACACAACCUACACAACCCAUCACAACGAAACCGUCCACCAUGCCCGCCGAAACCACGGGACGGCCGCUACUGCCGCAGACGGCCCAGAUGCAAAGCUUCACCUUUGCACCCCCAGCUCUGGCCCCGCGGGAAAACCAGCGCAACUAUGUUUUCGUGGACGAGCAUAACAGGCACAAACGCCUCAAAGUUAUGAGAGCUUGUGAGGGCUGUCGGAGGCGCAAGAUCAAAUGCGAUGCAGCAACCACAAAUUCCUGGCCAUGCGCUGCCUGCAUCCGCCUGAAACUCAAUUGCGUCCCGCCUACCGUCAGUUAUGACAAGGACUUCAACGACACCACACAGACUUUUGAACUCGACACGAAGCCCUUGGAGUAUGCCUCGUCCGCUGCGCAUCACGACUACCCACGCCAUGACGUUAUGCCCAGUCCCCACGACCUGCAACAAAUGUCCAGCUCCUUACCCACGGCCACCUAUGCCGAUGGGAUGCGCAUGUACCAGACCGCCCACUACGUGGAUCAAACGUCCCAGGAGCAUCUGCAGUAUCCCUCUAUCCCACAACCUCAGGUGGUUCCGCAGUCUCUCAACUAUACCCAUGGCCCUUCGCAAAUGUACUCGGAAGCAUCGCAGCCCGCACCUUCCAUGACCAUGACUCCCCCUGAGACUGAAAGUCAUUGGAAGCACGAUUCAUCCUCCAACCUAACUGAAGCUUUGGGUGAGCUGAAAAUAGAGUGUAACGCUGUGGCUCCGUACAUUACAAACCAACGCAAAGCACUCGCCGAAACACCCGCGCAAGAGGAAUUUGAGGUGCAGCUGCCGCCGUCGAAUAGUCUGGAUCCAAUUAUACGCAUACCCCCCGAGAUGAUGCCUUCGGAAGACCAAGCACUCGAAUACUUUGAGUACUUUUUCACAAACAUCCAUCCUUACUGCCCCGUCAUCAACAAGGCAUACUUUUACCAGCAAUGGCAAAGCGCGCGAGAGUCAAUUUCCCCGCUGAUGUUGGAGGGCAUCUUUGCUUGUGCGACGCUGAUGCUUGGUGACGAGACCCAGGGGCCAAAGUGGCUAGCCCUGGCAUCCAAGCACGAAGAAAGCUUCAAGGAUGUUCCUAGACUUAGUACCAUGCAGGCCAUGCUACUGCUCUUGAAGGCCAGAGAAGCGUCACCCAAACGUGGUUAUUUCUGGCGAUCGUGGAUGUCUGUAGUGUCCCUAGUCACAAUGGGAAAGGACCUUGAGUUGGAUGAUCACUACGAACUUCACCAGAUGGGCAAACCUUGUGGAUCUACUGUGCAUGAGUGCCUUACCAAAACUCGGAUUUGGCAGCUGUUAUUCGUAAUGGAGGUGAUGAUAGGAGGACCGCAAGGUCGAUCUGAUCUUCAAGUUGAUGCCAACACUGUGGACUUUGAGAUGCCAAGAACCGUCGCUGGACUGGACGCUUCCGAGAUUCAGAUCGCACGGCAAUGGAGUCAACACCUUCGAAUAGUGAAGAACGUCCAACAAACCAUCAUCAUGCACGGGAAACUCAAAAAGAAGACGGAUGCCUGGGCACUUGAUCCCAGCUUCGUCGGUCAUAACACGACUUUCUCGACUUGGUCUAGAGAGGUACCAGAUGAUCUCCAGAUUGUAUAUCCACCGGAUGGCUCUGUUCCUUGGAUUCCGUCUCACUUUAUUGCCAAUAUGCAUAGCUAUCAACAGCUCGCAAUAAUCAUGCACCUGCGUCCACAGCUCCAUGCCGUCUCGGAUUCUUACGACGGCGUUUGGAAGCAACACAUGAUAGCUUGUUACUCUGCUGCCAAAAACCUAUGCAAGCUUCAGGAAGCUAUUUUGAAGACAUACGGGUUGCCUGGUCUGCUCUGCAUGUUGCGAGGUAUCAGCUUCACCAUUUACUCAGUGCUGACUUGUACUAUGCUACACCUGGUCGCUAUCACUUGCCCAGAUCCGGAGCUCAACAGCGACGCUCGAGAAUUCUUUGUGCGACACAUGCGGAUUCUGGAGACAUGCACGCCAGCAUGGCCUAUGCCUGAGAUGCACCAGCAAGUUAACAAUCUACGCGUAGCAUUCUCCGCGGACGUCACCAAACCAUUCGAACUCAAACCUAGCUUUCCUUUUGGAAGUCCGCAAGUGGCUGCCCAAACCAGCCCCGUGAGCCAGCAGGGCUCCUAUCGGUCUCGCCUUCCGAGUCAGCAUUCACCCCUAGAUCAUCCAGCUCAGUCUCUGGUUAUGAUGGCAUCGGGGCAACGUGCACCCCAGCCAGCGUCGGGCAUGCACAUGCAGGAGCCCGUUCAAUGGAACCCACAACGAAUAUUUGAUCAAUGGAAUACCGCUUUCGGUACGCCUCCUUCCAGCGCGAAUACACAAUCAUCACCGCCGCUAAAACCGCCGCCCACAGGUAACAACUACGAGAUGCGCACGCCGUCGCAGGAAUCUAGCCAGCCAAGCUACCAAAUUCAGACUGUAUCUCCGCAUUCAAACGGCAUUCAAGAAAAUCAACAGCUUCCGACUACUUCGAGUUACGCAGUACCGAAUGCCGCUUACGUCACUCCGACAAUGUGGCAAGAAGUGGUUGCCAGCUCUUAUCCUGAUGGUUUAAAACGCCGCUGGGAUUCUGGACAUGGUGCCAUGGCCGAUCACUCAGUCUACAAACGAGCACGAUGAUCAUGCAUUCAAGACUAUAUGCACUCUCUAUACAAUUACCAUUUUAACACACAAUCUGAUGCGGUCCCCCCUGUAGUGAAAGUCCUACAAAGACAGCAGUAGUUGGCUGGCACUGCGCAAGAGGAAUAGUGUGUUCCAAUCACUGCGGGCUCGGUGUGUAAAGCAGCUGCACUGGGAUAGUAGCAAGACCCCUGACAUGGUCGAUGUGGGGACUGCAAACCAUCCUGCUCAAUUCGAAUGAGCAACAUGUUGCCUCGCCAAGAAUUUACGAGUGACAAUCGAAUUGGAUCCUCUGCGAACCAGGGGAUGAUCACACACCCACAAUGCACGAAAGUAUCGAAAGCGGAAACUUCCGGUAUACCAGGGGGGACUACUAGGUCCCGCCCACGUCGGAUGCACCUGGCAAGAAUGCUGCGAAAGGAAUGCGAUUUCGACCACAUAACGUCGUGACCACUGUACAUAUCAGGUACCAUCGC